UACAGUUUUCUAACUGUUUAUAAACUUUUUUCAACUUUAUUGACGUUUAUCUUAUUGUAGAGGUGUAGAAACGUAUUAUUAAACGGAGGGCGCAGUACCGCGGUUCCGCCGGUAGGUGCCGCCAGAUCCGUAUUUUUUCUAGUUAGGUGGGAGCAGCCAAUCAACGGUGGGCUAAAAACAGAGCGCAUUCCUCAACAGCGUUUCAGUGGCCCGUGCCCACGCGCUCCGCACCGUCGGUGCUCUUAACGGGGGAGUCCACGUACACACACACACACAUACACACACUUAUACACGCCGAUACACACCGCGGACAGCAGGAAUACUAGGGUUCUCUCCGCUCCAGGUCGGGGGUCAGCGUGUCCGGAGAGACGGGCCAUGUCGGAGCUGCUGGUGGAUCUGCUGGGGGAGCGGCUGGUGAACGGGGAGAAAGCCGAGCUGGACGUGCAGGCGCUGGGCAGCGGGCUGGCGCUGGUCGGCCUGUACUUCGGCUGCAGUCUGAACGCUCCGUGCAGGCAGUUCAACAGCAGCCUGGCCGAGUUCUACAGCAAGUUCAAGAAAUGCUCCGAGCACAAAGACCAGCUGGAGAUCGUCUUCAUCUCCUCAGACCAGGACCAGAAGCACUGGCAGGACUUCCUGCAGGAGAUGCAGUGGCCGGCUCUGCCUUUCAAAGACCGGCACAAGAAGGCCUCCUGCCCAGAUGUGUGCCUACCAGGGCUUCCUGAGCCUGAUAUGAAGCUGUGGAACAAGUACAAGGUGACGAGUAUUCCCUCGCUGGUGUUCAUUGAUGCCACCACAGGGAAGGUGGUGUGUCGGAACGGUUUACUCGUGGUGAGAGACGACCCUAAAGGUUUAGAGUUCCCCUGGGGUCCGAAGCCGUUUGCGGAGGUUGUGGCCGGACCCUUACUCUGGAACAAUAGGCAGACGGCAGGCAGCAGCUCUUUGGAGGGCUCCUAUGUGGGGGUGUACUUUUCUGCACACUGGUGCCCUCCCUGCCGCAGUCUGACCCGAGUGCUGGUGGAGUCCUACCGCAAAGUGAAGGAAUCGGGACACAAGUUUGAGAUUGUAUUUGUUAGUGCUGACAGGUCAGAAGACUCCUUCACACAGUAUUUUAGUGAAAUGCCCUGGCUGGCUGUUCCGUACACAGACGAGGCCCGGAGGUCUCGCCUCAACAGACUCUACGGCAUUCAAGGCAUCCCUACACUGAUCCUGCUGGACACGGAGGGUCACAUGAUCACGCGGCAGGGCCGGGUGGAGGUUCUGAAUGACCUGGAGUGUCGGCUGUUUCCAUGGCACCCACGGCCGGUGCUGGAGCUCAGCGAGUCCAACGCCGUGCAGCUCCACGAGGGACCCUGCCUCGUACUGUUUGUGGAUGCUGAGGAAGAGGGCGAGCUGGAGCCGGCCAAGGAGCUGAUCCAGCCAAUUGCAGAGAAGAUCAUGGCCAAGUACAAGGCCAAGGAUGAGGAGACCCCGCUGCUUUUCUUCGUGGCCGGAGAGGACGACAUGAGUGACUCGCUGCGAGAUUACACCAACCUGCCCGAGGCUGCACCUCUGCUGACCAUCCUGGACAUGUCUGCUCGUGCCAAAUACGUCAAAGACGUGGAGGAGAUCACGCCGGCUGUGGUGGAGCAGUUUGUCACUGACUUUCUGGCUGAGAAGCUCAAACCAGAGCCCAUUUAACGCAGAGCAGAAAGCCUGGACAGCACUACACCUCCCUCCAGACCCCUGACCUUCAGCCCCCUGACCUCCGGACCCCUCUCCCCGCUCUUCCAGUGAGACUGUUUAAAAGAGAAGCCUCACUUUGUACUGAUAUUAUCCCCUCUUCCCCUUUUUUAAAACAAAAUCUCCCACCCUUCUUCCUGGAGUCGUCGUUCUCCUCAUUCUCCUGCUCCUCCUGCUCUCCUGUGGUGCCUUGCGUUUACAUCCUGGAUGAUAAAAAUCUGGUUAAAAAAAACUCAGAUAUUUUUUUGGCAUUCAUAGAACUUCAUAGCAUAGAUGAAACCCUUCACAGCUGCGGCAGAUUGUUUUGGUUAUUCAGAGCAACUUUUUAUUGCUUUUAUUUGAUUAGUAAAAAUUAUACAGCUUUUAUUUUCAGAUAUCGUUUUAAAGAAGAAUAAAAUAUAACAUAAGAGAGUCGUAUGGUUGAGAUAAACAGUGCACAUUUCUUUUGCAGCUCCUUCACCUGAUCACCUGAUUCUCCUCACUAGGCUGUAGUUCUCUCCUUAUGGGUGCUGAUUAUUAUGAUGAUUAUUAUGCACAUGUGGACAAACUGAUACUGAUAUCUCUGUUUAAAAGAAAAAAACAAAAGUCUAUUCUUUUGCGUGGCAGCCGUUUUUAUGCAGUUACUUUUAUUCAUCCAGAACCUUGUUGAUACUUGAUGUGAUGAUGAUGAUGUAUUAAGACUGAUUGUUUUCCAUCUCCAGACACAUUUUUUUAAGUGGAUUUUCUGUGAAGGUCCCCUCUAUUAAAGCAGUUGGCAGAUGCUGACGGCACAGAAUAGCAUUAUUAGCACGUUUCCAUACUAAAUGUAGAGGCGCUUUAGAGCGUGCACAGCUUCAGUCUCUCCUUCGUUGUGUUUCUGAUGAGCCUAGGCCAUUAAAACUCACUGUCUA